AUGAUGCCAGUACCAAACCAAGAAAAAUGGAACGCUAUAGCUACUGAUUUCUGGGCUAGGUGGCAGUUUCCAAAUUGUAUCGGUGCUUCAGAUAGCAAACACGUUGUAAUACAAGCUCCAAAAUUAUCGGGAUCUCUCUAUUGGAACUACAAAAAAACGUAUUCAAUUGUGCUUCUUGCCCUGGUUGAUCCUUGUUACACCUUUAUUGUAGUAGACGUUGAUUCUUACGGGAAAAAUUCUGAUGGAGGUAUUUUUUUGAAUUCAAACUUUGGAAAACAUUACGGUUAG